CUCUGUACUUGUUUCCUUUGAGGGCAACUAAUGGAUUAUCACCACCUUCUUGUGCUGUGGACGUGCACCUUGUGGCCAGAUCUUCAGCUCUGUUUCAACUUUGACACAAAGAACUGUAAGAUCUUCCAUGGUUCUUCAGAUGCUCAGUUUGGAUACACAGUUCAGCAGCACGAAGCAGGAGGGCAUCAAUGGUUGCUGGUUGGGGCUCCAUUUGAAUACACAGGACAGCUACAAACUGGUGAUGUAUAUAAAUGUCCACUGGAUACCGGAAGCUCUGCAAACUGCAGUCGUCUUGACUUGGGAAAACUUUCUCUGGACAACGUGACAGAAAAGAAGGACAAGAUGAGACUAGGAAUGACACUGACCUCCAACUCCAAAGAUAACAGCUUUGUGACUUGUGGUCCUCUCUGGUCUCAUGAAUGUGGAAGUUCUCUGUACAGCACUGGAAUCUGCACCAGAGUCAACCGGAACUUCAGACUCACCCAGACUAUUGCACCUGCUCUACAAAGGUGUGAGACAUUUAUGGACAUUGUUAUUGUUCUGGAUGGCUCCAACUCCAUUUACCCUUGGUAUGAGGUGCAGGACUUUAUCAUAAACAUCUUGCAGAAGUUCUACAUUGGCCCAGGUCAGACACAGGUGGGUGUUGUUCAAUAUGGCUCCACAGUAGUCCAUGAGUUCACUUUAGGUGAAUACCAGACAGUGGAGGAUGUGCUAGAUGCUGCUGGGAACAUUAACCAACGAGGCGGAGAGGAGACAAGGACAGCACUGGGGAUCAAUGUGGCACGGUUAGAGGCCUUCCAGCGUGGCGGCAGGCCAGGAGCUCAGAAAGUGAUGAUUGUGAUCACAGAUGGUGAGUCACAUGACAGUCCUCAGCUGAUGGAAGCUGUCAGUCAAAGCAAGGGAGACAACAUCACCAUGUAUGCUAUAGCCGUUCUGGGUUAUUACAACCGCCGUGGAAUAAACCCUGAGACCUUUCUCAAAGAAAUCAAGUUCAUUGCCAGUGAUCCUGAUGAGGAACACUUCUUCAAAGUCACAGAUGAGUCUGCACUAAAGGACAUUGUGGAUGCUCUUGGAGAAAGAAUAUUCUCUCUGGAAGGUGUUAGCAAUCAUGGUCAGGAGUUUGGUCUGCAGAUGGCUCAAGCUGGAUUCUCUUCACAUUUAGUUAAUGAUGGUGUUCUGCUUGGAGCAGUAGGUGCCUAUGACUGGAAUGGUGCCGUGCUAAAAGAAACAAAACAGGGUAAAGUAAUUUCACCAAAAUCCUCUUACAAGGAUGAGUUUCCAGAAGCCCUGAAGAACCAUGCUGCCUAUUUGGGUUAUUCGGUUGAUGCAGUUAUUUCAUCUCGUGGGGCUCAGCUUUACAUAGCUGGAGCUCCAAGGUUCAACCACACUGGCAAAGUCAUCAUUUUCAGCCUGAACAACAACGGAAACCUCACGAUCCUCCAGGCACUUCUGGGACAGCAGAUCGGUUCAUAUUUCGGCAGCGGACUGUUAUCAAUGGACACUGACGGAGAUGGGCACACUGACUUUCUUUUGGUUGCAGCACCCAUGUACUAUAAUCAAGGCUGGGAGAGAGGAAGGGUUUAUAUAUACUCUUUGUCAUAUGAGGCAUUCUUCAUAUUUCAAGGAAUACUUGAAGUGUCUCACCAUUCUCAAAACUCUCGUCUGGGUUCGGCGCUGGCACAAAUAGCUGACAUGAAUGGAGAUGGAUUUAAGGAGCUUGUGGUGGGAGCUCCUCUAGAGGAUGACCAUCAGGGGGCAAUAUACAUUUUUCAUAGCCAGGACAAGAUGAUAGCACUACAAUACAAACAGCGUCUGCCUGGAGCUGGUUUUUCUGCAGGCCUACAGUAUUUUGGCCAAAGUCUUCAUGGAGUUCUUGACGUCAAUGGAGAUGGGCUUGUUGAUUUAGCUGUGGGAGCACAAGGAGCUGCCAUCAUUAUCUGGUCACGUGAUGUUGUGCGGAUUGAAGCUAAGAUGACUUUUGAACCGGAGAAGAUCAACAUCUUUAACAAGAACUGUCAGCGAGGCGGGAAGGAGGUCACUUGCAUGUCAGUUGCAAUCUGUCUGAGGGUAUACAGCAGGAUAAAAACCAAGAAAGAUAACAGAAAGGAAGUUGCUGUUUGGUACAGUUUGGUUUUUGAUGAGAGGCGGUUCACCCCCCGGGCAGUCCUGGAUGAAUCAUAUCGACUGCAGCCCAGAACUCUUUUUUUGCACACUGGAAAUCAGAAAUGCGAACGCCUUGGCUUUUAUGUGCAGGACAUAGCAGAUUAUGGGCGACCUGUAUUGGUUGUUAUGGAGACAGGACUUCAGAACCAGGACAAGGGGCCCGUGUUAGACCCAGACUGGCCGAUCACCCUAAGAACUGAGCUUCCAUUCUGGAAUGGAUGUGAGGAGGAUACCUGCACUCCUGACCUCAUCCUCCACAGUCACACUGACCUUUUAAAUGUUCUGCAGGUUUGCAGCACAAGGAAACAUGCUACCUACUCACUCUGCAACCAUCAAACAGAAAAUGAAAAGAAAAUGUUUGUUGUUGAGACUGGACGAAGGAAAAUUAUUCUGUUUGCUCACCUAAAGAACCAGGGAGAGAAUGCAUACAGAACUACACUUGAUAUUUCCACUAGCCCUAACCUGCUAUUCUCCAGUCUCUUAGUGAAGGACCAAUCAGAUAUCCAGAUUGAGUGUUCAACUGAGAAUAGAGCUAAUUCCAGGAGGAGCUGUAGUAUCAGUGCUCCAUUCAUGAGGUCACUGUCUCAGGUAACUUUCCAUCUGGAGUUGGAGUUCAGUAGUUCCAUCUUUCUCGAUUUUGUUCAAGUCAACAUGGUAACUACUAGUGAGGGUGAGGAUGGAUACCCAGAUGACAACACCAAUAACAUCAUCCUCCCUUUAAAAUACCAAGCUGACCUUCUCUUCACCAGAGACCCAAAUCCUCAGCAUUUUGAGAUCGGACCUGGCUUUUACUUUUCAUCUAAAGAAGAACCAAAUACAGCCUUACCGACCUUCAAUAUUACCUUUGAUAUUCAGAAUCUGGGCAUCUUCUUUGUAAAGGACAUCCUGUUUAAUGCUGAUAUCUGGGCUGUGACCAAGGAGGGCAACCAGCUGGUGGACAUAACAAACUACAGCAUUGAAGAGCAGGGAACUGAAUCCAGCUGCAAGCUACCUCCCAAUAAAACGAUCACUCUAAUUAAAUCAGAGGACCUAACUCAUCUGUCUCAGUUGAACUCCAGUAACAGUGUGAGCAUACCACUACAGUGCAGGCUCGGCCUCUCACCCUCCGAGGGGCUGAAACUUACGUUCAAAGGAAGAUUUCAGCUACCUGUUCUCCAUGCUGUGAGUUUCAGGUCCUUAGAGUUGCUGACUGUUACCUCAAUCCAGCUGGAGAAGUCCAAUCCAAUGUUUCUUCAGGAGGACAGCCUUGUUAGACAGACCAUCCUGCAUCUGAGAAAGGAGGGGCACAGCUCUAUCCCUAUCUGGGUUAUCCUGGGAAGCUCACUGGGAGGCCUGCUGCUUCUUUUUGUAGUCACUAUGGGCCUAUUAAAGCUUGGAUUCUUCAAAAGACAGAGACGUAAGGAAGAAGAUGAGCAGGUUGUAACCAAUGAGGAGGCAGAGGAGAAGCUAAAAAGCACGGUUCAACCAAGCUUCAAGCGUCGCUGACGGACCCUGAUGUUCCAUCCUUCACUGACUCACCAGCAAGCUGUUUGCAUCUAACUGAUGUGACAGAAGAUUGUGCUUGUAGUUGAAGAAAGAACUCAGUUUAUAUUUAAUAUUAGAACUGUUUGUGUCCCAACACCUCAGCUAGUUAACUUUAGCUGUGUUCUCCAUUAGUGAUGAUUAUUUCAAAAGACUGAUGCCCUACUCUGACUUAUAUUAUCUGCCAAAAUCCUCCAGUUAUAGGUCUAUUAAACAGUGAGAAACUACUGCAGAAGUAGACACAGGUAUAUAGGUUUGUUUAACAUAAUUUGCAUUACAUUACACAUGUAAAUUAAUUUACAGAGCUGUAUAUAAAUAAAUUGCAGCUAUAACAUGUGUGUUUUAUUUCAACACAUGUUCCUGAUUAGCUACAUGCUGAAACAAACUGAUUUUACUCCUAAAUUAUAGUGGAGAUUACAACCAGAGUAAUUUGGACCUGUUUCUGCUUUUUUUUUUUCAGAAACUCCCAUUUAUUAAUGUUACCCAGAAAUGCAUAAUCUAUCAUAGAACAACACAAGACAUGUUAAUUAAAACUUAUUUCAGUGAACUAAGAUGUAUAGGUGUACAGGUUUAUAUGUUUUAGAUAAUUACAACAUGCAUGAAAAGCUCUGAAGAAACAAUGAGCUUCUGUAACAUCUCAUACUACUCUGUUUACCCAUAUUUGCACAGGACAAGCAUUAUCUGGGAACCCCAUGUAAUAAAUAAAUUACCACCCUA